AUGCGCAAACGCGCGGGUCUAAACUAUCUUCUUCCCACCCCAGCGAAACCGGAUUAUCUGGUUUUGGUCAACUCGUUCUUCGGUCUGGAAGUCCCAAAGGAUCUCCCGCCGCUGGUUGCCGCCGUCGGGCCCAUCCUGUCAGAUGAAUAUCCCCCGCUGGAUGACAUCCACCAGCGCUUCCUGGACUGGCACGCGAAAACCAUCUACGUCGCGCUGGGGACGCAUAUCAUCCUGCUGCAUGCGGAUGCUCGGAAAAUCAUCAAAGGACUCAUCCGGGCGAUGGAAGCAGGGCUCAUCGACGGCGUGAUCUGGUCCGUAGGUAAGAGCGGACGGCAGCUCUUUGACACAGCAGAUCAGUUCACCAUUGCGGGCCAAACCCGGUCGAUCCUGGAUCACGCCUAUGCCCGAAUCUACUUCACGCAUGGCGGCGGAUUCAGUGCCAGCGAGGGCCUCUACCACGGCAAACCCAUGCUCGUCAUGCCCUUCUUCUUCGACCAGAUCAGCAACGCGGCCAAACUAGCCGCCGGCGGGACAUCCGAGGUCCUGCACAAGUUCCGCUUCACGGCGGAGGAAGUCUACACGAAGAUGAAGCUAAUCCUGGAGGAUCGCGACGGGAGCUACGGGAGCAAUGUCCUACACCUCCAGCGCAUCGCUCAAGGGGCGUCCAGGCGGAAGCAGCUGGGCGGACCCCAUCGAGGAGAUUUUGUACGAUACGGAGCUGAGGGUCGUGGAUGGGAAGGAGACGCGGCCGAUGCAUCUCCAGAUGGCGGAUAUGCGGAUGCCUGUUUACAAGGCGAGGAACUGGGACCUGAUGGCAGUUUCAAGCUUGGUGCUGGGCUUCCUGGGGGGAGGGACAUAUUAUGCGACGCGAUUGGCGUGGGUGCAUCGACAGGCUAUUAG